GAACCAACUCUCUGAUUAAUUUUGGUGGAGGAGAGACCCUACUCAUAAGAGAGCAAUAUCAUAUGAUUUUGAUUCAUUCUUCUUCUCGUGGUUGAAGAUACAGAUAAAAAGUAGAGUGACAAAUUUUUGUAUUUCAUGUUCAAGGGUAUUUUGGUAAAGAUAAGGAAGUCUACUUAACUUUUUAAGUAUUCUAAAAAAUAAAUUAGAGGUGUACUAAGUAUGAGAGGUCCAACUAGAACCACCCUAAAAAGGGGGGUUUGGAACCUAGCCUAGCUAACUGGGAAGCUCAGCCCCAUGCCUGUUAUUUAUAAUAUUAAAUAAGUUUUGCUGCAUCGAGGGGGGUGUAAGACCUGAACCCCGAGCAAGCAUAGUUGUGUUACAAUUAUCCUCAAAGAGAACAUCAUGUAUGAAAGUAGGAGCCUCAUCUAAACAAAGAUCCACAACAUGAUCUAAACUAGCAAAGUGAGCCAAUCUAUUUGCUACACUAUUUGCUUCACGAAAAAUGUAUUAGUUGUUCUUAUCUGUUGUGUUUUGCAACACAACUCUAGAUUUAUGUUUUUCAUCCAUGCAUUUACUUGCAACUUGACUUAAAGGUAGAGGCUUAAGUUUUUAACCUAGCUAAUAGUUUUUUUUUCCUAAUUACAACCUAAAGAUUAGACGUGUAUGUUUAACUGACCUUAUAGGAAUUUUCAUAUAAACCUAUGAUUCAUUUUUCACAUCAACCUCUUUCUUAGGUAUUCUAUAUAUCAUUGCGAUUUGACCAUAUUUCUUAGGUUGAAUCUCUAACUUAUCCCUAUAUGCAUACACCUAUCUAUUAGGUAACAAUUGGAAAUGAACAACCAUCAAAUUAAUAUGACAAUAUACAAAAGGAAAAGUUCAAACUUAGAACAAGAUACUUUACCACAAGAUUCAGGGCAAAAUGAUGAAAAAAGAAAAAUUUUUAAAAAACUAAAUCUAAUGAAUAACAUACCUUAUUAGUAGAUACCACACUUUUGAAAGCCAAAAAUUAGAAAGAGAAUAUGAUCACGAAUGCAUAGGUGAUAUACAAGUUCACAACAAUAAUUUGAAAUUUUUUCUUACUUCUUUCUUCUGGUUUUUUUUUUUUUUGAGAGCAAGACGAAAGAAGUUUUAUUACUCAGACAGUUCAAAUGUUACAAAAGGAAGCAACAAGACUUCCCAAGUCUGGAGGAAUAGCUCCCUGCCAGUGAGCAGAUAAACCUGACAACAUGGCUUGCUUGGCCAUUCUAUGUGCAGCCGUGUUAGAUUCACGGUAUGAGUCAAAGUUUAUCCAAGAGAUUAUGGAAAUGAUAGUAAGCGAGCUGAAGGGUACAAACCAGACUCUUUCUAAUGACCUUGGACUUGUUGGAAUUGACUUUCGUGUAGAGGAAAUAAAAAAUUUAUGUUCAGUUAAAGACAAAGAGAAUGAUGUUGUCUUUAUAGGUAUAUGGGGAAUGGGUGGAAUAGGUAAGACAACUCUUGCACAAGCUUUUUAUGAUAAAGUCUCUUAUCAAUUUAGCGAUAAAAGCUUUCUUAAAAAUGUUAGAGAGAGUUCUAAAAGAGAUGGUAUCGUUGCAUUGACAAAAGACCUCCUGUUCAGUGUCUUAAAGAGGAUGGAUGUGCAUGAUAGUGAGAUAAGGCAUAGAUUGCGUUUUAAAAAGGUUCUGAUCAUUCUUGAUGAUGUCGACAAGUUAGAACAAUUGCAAGCGUUAGCUGGAAGCAACAGUUGGUUUGGUCGAGGGAGUAGGAUCAUUAUAACAACCAGGGACGAACAAUUGUUGAUUGCUCAUCAUGUGGAUAGAAGUUACAAGGUCAAGGAAUUGAAAAAUGAUGAUGCACUCGAGCUUUUUAGUUGGAAAGCCUUCAAGAGUGCCCAUCCCCCAGAAGAUUAUUUGGAGUUAUCCCAGAACUUUGUAAAUUACAGCAAGGGCCUUCCUUUAGCUAUUAAAGUUUUGGGUGCUUUCUUGUGUGGUCAAAGCCCUCAAGAAUGGAAAAGUGCCUUUAGUAGGAUACAAGAAAAUCUUGACAAUGAUAUUAUGUCUGCCCUUAGAAUAAGCUUCGAUGGAUUACAUGAGAAGGAGAAGGAAAUAUUUUUAGAUAUUGCGUGUUUCUUCAAAGGGCAUGACAGAGAUCAGGUGGCUGUCAUGCUAGAGAGUUUUGGUUUUCACCCGAUCAUUGGUAUAAGAGCUCUUAUACGAAAAUCUCUCAUCACUUUAGUAGGGAAUAAAUUGUGGAUGCAUGAUUUGCUUCAGGAAAUGGGUUGGGAACUUGUUCGUGCGGAAUGCCUCAAUGAGCCUGGGAACUGUAGUAGAAUUUGGCAAUCCGCUGAUGUGCUUGAUGUAAUGAAGCAUAAGAAGGGAUCAGAUUCGGUUCAAGGGAUAGUCCUUGUUUUGCCUCAAGAACAAAAUGAACAAUUGAAAAGUGACGCCUUGUCAAACUUGAAAAAAUUGAGAUUUCUCAAAAUUUCUAAUGUGCUCCUACCUCGAGGCCUCAAUUAUCUAUCAACUGAGCUACAAGUUGUUGAAUGGAAUGGAUAUCCUUCAAAGUUAUUGCCGAAAAACUUCCCAUCUAAGAAGCUUGUUCAACUCAGCAUUUGUUGCAGUCGUAUCGAAUAUCUAUGGAAAGGAUACAAGAGUUUAGAGAAGUUAAAAUCGAUCGAUCUCAAGGACUCUACAUGUCUGAUGGAGACCCCAGACUUCACGGGUGUACCAAAUCUUGAGAAGUUGAUUCUUGAAGGUUGUACAAAAUUAUCUAAGGUUCACACAUCCAUUAGCAAUCUCAAAAACCUUAGGUUAUUGAAUAUGAAAAACUGUAAAAGCCUUGAGAUGUUCUCAUGUGACAUCAGCUUGGAAUCCCUUGAAAUUUUCGGUCUUUCUGGUUGUGCAAGGCUCAAGGCAUUUCCAGAGAUAUUGGGAGAUAUGGGAUGCUUGUCCAAGCUUUAUUUAGAUGGAACUGCUAUAGAAGAACUACCAUUGUCAAUUGAGGGUCUAACUGGUCUUUAUUUGUUAGAUCUGGCAGAUUGCAAGAAUCUUUUGAGAAUUCCAAGUGUCAUUUCAAGCUUGACGAGGCUUAAAACAAUCAUCCUAUCAGGUUGCUCUAGUCUUGGUGAAAUUUCAGAAAACAUUGGGAAUGUGGAAGGUCUCGAAGAGCUGGAUAUAAGCGGAACUGCCAUAAGACAAAUGCCGUCAUCCAUUGUCUAUCACAAAAACCUCAAAGUUUUAUCUUGCUCUAAUUGCGAUCGUCAGCUUUCUACAUCAUUGCUCUUUCGCUCUUCACCAAGUCUAUGCCCUGCUCUUGGCAUGUUGUCACCUUCUUCUUUCUCGGGUUUCAGCUCUUUAACAUCACUGAAUUUAAGUUACUGCAAUCUAUUUGAUGGAGCAAUCCCCAAUAAUCUCGAUCACUUGUCAUCAUUAAAGGACUUGUUUCUAGGGGGAAACAAUUUUACAAGCAUACCUGAAAGUAUUUGUCGACUAUCUAAUCUUGCAAGACUUGUAUUGGAUGAUUGUAGCCAGUUGCAGUCAUUUCCAAAGCUUCCGUUGAGUAUAAAAGGGGUUUGGGUCAGUGAUUGUAUGUCGUUGAAAAGUGAUUCUGAUCAAUAUGAAGUAUGUGAUUCAACUACAGCAGGAAAUGUUUCUGUUAUCAAGCGCAUAUCAUCAACUAUAUGUAUCAUUGACAUGUCGUAUUCACAAUUUGCAGCAUGGCUUAGAGAUUAUCACGAGGCUAACGAGGUUGAGAUAAGUCAACGGUCAAGGACAGCUUAUGGUUUAUCAACUAGAGCUUUUGAAAUUCCGAAUUGGUUUGACAGCAGAAGCAACAGCCAAUCUGUAACAAUUCUGCUGCCAACAGACAACAAAGGCAAGCCAUGGAUGGGAUAUGCUCUGUAUGUUGUAUUGGAAAUUCAUGAGGAUUUUGAUACCAAUUGUGAUUUGAAAGUCAAGCACAAGUUUGAUUGUUAUUUUGAUACCAUGGAAGGUCCUGGUGAUAAACAAACUUUAUACCACGAGGUGAACGUUGAAAGCGUCCCUUUUACUGGGUCACAUGGAUAUUGGAUAAUAAUACCCCAUGUCUGGUUUUUAAAAGGAUUGAAUUCCUUGAAUGAGUGCAAUACCAUCGAGGCUCACACAACAAUUGAUAGCCCAGCUGUGGAGGUUAAAAAGAGCGGUGCUCGUCUACUGUACGACCACGAUUUCAUAGGGUUUCUGUACGAAUUAAAGAGUUACCGUCAUUGUUUAUACAUUAGAAGGAAGAAGGAAAAUUCAGGUCAAGAAAUUAUGUACGGCAUGAAAGAACAAGCAGCAGAAGUCACUUCACAAAAUUCAAGAUCCACUGUAACUCUUUCGCCAACGUUGGCCGAGGAUCAGCAUUUGAAAUUUAACUCAACCAUUCCCGUGCAAGAACACCUUGAGUCACUGCCUUCAGAACUAAACUGCUCUGAGGGGAUAGACGUUUCGGGAAGCAAGUACUACAACAUACAUGGCAGACCGUCUAAUCUCAAAACUGCAUUUGUGUUAGGAAAAAUCCUUGAGGAAUAUUCUGGUCGGCAUGACUUGCUAUAUAAAGAAACUUUUUCACAAUCUGAAAUUCCAGAGUGGUUCUGCAGUGUCAAUGGUUCCUCAACAGCCUUUACAAUCCCAAGGUUGAAUAAUAUGACUGGUUGGAAAGGAGUAGUUGUUUGUUCUGCUUUCGCGAUCCUCUCGCACCCCUCUCUCAUCCAAUUUGAGCUUUAUAUUCCUCACAUUCAAUGUUCUUUUGGAUCUGGCUCUUGGAAGAUCCCAAUGAAUGGAUACGUCAUUGUCAAUGAUCUUUUUCCUAAUAUGAUGGGUCAUGGUUUCAUCUGGAUAUUGUAUGUUUCACAUGGAUCAUUUCAAGGUUAUAUGUUGAACAAAUACACUCCUGUGGAUAUGCAAGUCAAAUUUAAAAGUAACAGCAAGGACAUAACGGUGGAGAGUUGUGGGUAUCAACUUGUAUUCCAAGAAAAUAUGGAAGAGCUCAUGGAAAUAAUAAUGCAGUGUUCAACAUGCAUGCCUCAUUGUCAGUCUCUGAAAAAUAGUAAAAGAAAAAGGGAACAGUUUGAGGAGGAACAAGUGGUGGAGGAGGAUGAGCAAGGGCGGAGCUACUUCUGGACGAGGAAAUCCUGACUCCACCAUUAAUUGAAGAGGAGAAUGAUGACAAAGACGGUGUUGAUGAAGAUGAAGAUGAUUUCGAUGAAAAUAUGUCAAUAUAUACACUCCAUAUAGUGACAGGACAAUCUGCCUAAUUGUAAAUCUACUGCUAUCCACUCAGGUGGAAGCAUGCAGGGCAGGGCUCUUAUUGCUAUCCAUCAGAACACGACUGCUCUUGAUUUUGAGAGUGGUUGCUCCCUUGUUGUUACUGCUCUACAGCAUGACGUGGAAGAUAUGAAAUUAGGCGUAUUAUCGAUGAUUGUAAGUCAUAUUUGACAUAUUUUCACUCUUUUCAGAUUAGACACAUCUUCUGUGAAGUAAAUGGUGUUGCCAAAUAGAUUAGCGCACCUUGUUAGUUUUAAUUAUCUUUCUGAUGUUUGGUUAGAUGAGUUUCCUGUUAUUAUUUGGGAUGUACUCUACGAGGACUACUGCUUCAAAGCACUCUAAAACUUAGACUUGAAUUGGUGAGAAAAUUACAAAGCUUGCUAGAUGUAUGCAGCAGAACUUCAUUAUGUAUAAGGAUAUGGUUUAGGUUGACUUUGUUCA